ACAUUUUAGGUCUUUUUGUGUUUGUCUGUGUUUGUGAAUUGGGUUGUUAUUAUUCAAGAUGCCCGAGCCAGCCAAGUCAGCACCGGCCCCGAAAAAGGGCUCCAAGAAGGCGGUGACCAAGGCGCAGAAGAAGGACGGCAAGAAGCGCAAGCGCAGCCGCAAGGAGAGCUACUCGGUGUACGUGUACAAGGUGCUGAAGCAGGUGCACCCCGACACGGGCAUCUCGUCCAAGGCCAUGGGCAUCAUGAACUCGUUCGUCAACGACAUCUUCGAGCGCAUCGCGGGCGAGGCGUCCCGCCUGGCGCACUACAACAAGCGCUCGACCAUCACGUCCAGGGAGAUCCAGACGGCCGUGCGCCUGCUGCUGCCCGGGGAGCUGGCCAAGCACGCCGUGUCCGAGGGCACCAAGGCCGUCACCAAGUACACCAGCUCCAAGUGAGCUUGCCAAGUAAGCGUCCUGUCAUCCAACCCCAAAGGCUCUUUUCAGAGCCACUUCCAUUCUCAUUCAAAGAGUUGUAAUAUUAAGUAUUUCUCUUAAUUGGUGUAGGUAGGGCACACACACACACACACACAAAUGCUAUUAGCAUGUAAGGUAUUAAGAGUCCCAAGGGCUCGUGUCUCAAUCGCCAGGUUUCCGCACUACCACAUACCAUCUCCAGUGUCCACGGUAAAUAACACUUGACAAGGAAUUACCUUGGAGACUGUCCUCAAAUGAGGAAUAUCCUAACACCACGUAUUGAAGCCUGGAAGUCCUUUACUGCUUUAAAGUUUUUCUUUAUAGUGUCCGUGUUAUAGAGCUUGGAGCUUUGCACUCUAGUCCAUAUUUUCCUAUUUGCUUGUGGGAUGUUUGCCUCCCAAGUCUCCAUUCACAUUCAUUUAACAGGAUAUGACUACUUCACAUUUGAAAGCAUUUGUUUAUUGCAUUUUGUCUGUUUUUCCUUGAUUUCAAGGGACUAACAGUCUCAAGUUUACCGCCUUGAGUUCUUCCAGGUAGGGGAAAGUAUUCUAGGAUACAGAAGAGAAUUGAAUUUGAGGCCAGCUGCAGUUCAAAAGAGUAUGGGGUUUCCUCUCAGUCUAACCAAGCCUUUCUUCUUAGGUGACUCAGGACACUUUAGGAAAGCUGAACAAAGAAUACACCCAGAAAAGAGAUGAGAUAUAUAGGCCAGUGCUGGAGAGAGGAUAUCAUUCACAUGAAAGUACUUACUAAAGUGUUGAGAAAUCUACUGGGUUUGAAGUGUCUUUGAAUUUUAUUCUGAGACCAGAGUCAGAAGACUUUGGUAGGAAUGUUCUGCUAUGUAAAUGAUCUUUGGUUCUCACGCCCACUGUGUCUCACUUUAUAAAAUGAGACUUAAUGAAACAUUGCUAUUUAGUAAUAAAUUACUAUAAUAAAGUAUGGACACUUGUGAAAACAAUUGCAAUUUAUAAUAAAAAUACACAUUUAAGAGGGAUUUGCAAUGUAGAAGGUUUUUAUAAACAUUAUCAUCUAAAAUUUUCCAUUUCUCCUACACUUCAUAUAUAAUAAAUGAAAGCUUUUAAAGUAGAAUUAUAAUCAGAAGUAAUAAUACUACAAUGAGUGAAGCAAAUGUUACUCCAUGAAAUUAGAGUUGCUGCUCUUUAAAUCCAGGCAUCCUAAACACAAGGAAAAAAGUAAAUGUAAAAUGCUGUCCUCAGAACUACAGAAAUUUGAACAUUAUGGGAGCCUGCAAUAUUUAGGAAGAAUUUACAUGCAUCUAUAGUAAUUCUGAUAAUAUUUACACAUUUAAAUUUACAUAUAUGUGUAGUUAUAAUGUUAACCUCAAUGAAUAUAGAAUCAAUUAUUCAGCUAUGGGGGUGUAUUAAUUUAUUUCCUAUUGCUGGUUUGACAGUAUCAGAAAUUUAUGCCUUACAUUAGUACAGAUUUCUAAUUUCAUAAAUCUGUAGAUCAGCAUUUGGGUAUGGAUCUCACUGAGCUGAAAUCAAGGUGUCAGGAAUUCUGCAUUCUUCUCUGGGUUCUCUCAAAAUAAACCUCUUGGCUUGCCAUUUCCAGAUUCUAGAGGCUAUCCUCUUUCCUUGGCUCAAGGGCCCCUUUUCUCAAUUUUCAAAGCCAACCAGCCAUCUCUGGCCAGACCCUCAGGCUGUUAUCUCUCUGGUUCUGUCCUCAGAUUCCCUCUUCUAAUUUUAAGUAUCUAUGUGAUUACACUGGGUUCACUUGGAUAAUCCAGGAUAAUCUCCCUUUAAAAAAUCAGGUGAUUAGCAAUCUUACUGCCACCUGCAACAUUAAUUGUCCUCUGUCCUGGAACCCAGCAUAUUCAUAGACCUGUAGAGGUUAGCAGUUAAAGAUAAUUGGGAUGACAUUUCUAUGCCUUGCACCGCAGGUCACAUUUUUAAAAAAAUCGGAUAGAAAGCUAUGUACUUUCUGUCCUACAAGUGGAAAGAAUAUAUGGAUACACUACUAUAUAUAUUUUCAGGAUAUUCUUGAAUUCCGAGAAAGGUCAUUACCAUGUUUAGAUAUUUGUUUAGUUCUGGGAAUAUAUAAAGCAAAAAUUGACUAGGACAGUAGAAGCUUAUGUAUACAUCUGCCUGGUAUUUUUAGAAAUCACCCUUUUACACUUCUCUCCUUGUUGCAUUUGUUUUGUUUGAAAAUGUAUAUAUUCUUUUGUAUGUUGUUUUGUGUGUGUGUGUGUGUGUGUGUGUGUGUGUACACGCGCGCACACGCAUUUGUGCUGUGUAGGGAGUAGAAAGUUUGUUAUUCAUGGGAGAAGUUUUACAAGAAUAUAAGAUAGUUUUAAUUCUUUCCUACGUAGGUUGAAGCCCUAAAAAUAUUUUCUAUGUGCAAUCUUAGCACUUAACUCAUGUGGCAUACCAUUCACAGCCAUUUAAAACUUGAAGUAGGUUUCUAAUUACAAGGACAAAAGUGUAAAUUCCCAUUAUCAUUAUUAUACAUAUCUGCAUAUGCCAGGGGAGUGGUAGUGUUACUAGAAUGACAUAUGCAUUUUAAAAAAAUAUUUAUUUAUUUAUUUAUUUAUUUGUCAGAGAGAGCGAGAGAGAGAGCAAGCAGGAACAGGCUGAAGGGCAGAGGGAGAAGCCGACUCCCUAUUGAGCAGGGAACUCGAUGUGGAACUCAACCCUGGGACCCUGGGACCUUGUGCCCAAAGCAGACACUUAGCCAACUGAGCCUCCCAGGCAGCCACAUAUAAAGUUUUUUUAAUUUAAAAAGAAUUUUUGUAGAACAGAAAUUAGCUCAUAUAAAGUCCACCCAGGAGGAAAAU